CAGCCCUCCUGGCCAAGCAUGGCCAAGGUGGCCAGUGCCUUCUUCCUCCUCCUCCUCACCGCGUUGUGCUGCUGGAGCUGGGCUCAGAGAGCUCCAGCUGUGCCAGACAAGUGUUGCUUCAACUUCCAGACAAGAAGGAUCAAGAGGGACAACGUGGUCGCCUGCUACCCCACCAGCCCCGAAUGCCCCCACCGGGCUGUCAUCUUCAAGGUGAAGAGUGGGAGAGAGAUCUGUGCCCAGGCGAGCAGAGCAUGGGUGAAGAGAUACCAGCAGAGCUUCCAAGUCAGCUCCUUCUCCAUUCCCAGCUAGCGGGGUGGCCAGAGGCAGCACGGGGAGUCCCCUCCAGUGCGGGCCAGGAUGCUGCAAAGGUGACCCCUUUGCAGAGCUGGCUCUGGGGACACCACACUGGGGUACAGCAGCUCCUUGGGGACAUCCUCCCCAUCAUGCUGUGAUCACCCUCACCACCACCCUGAGGGCAAAGGGCCUUUGCCAUCCCUGGCAUCUCACCAGGAUGAGGAGUUCCAACUCCACAGGGUGCCCAGGUCCAGACCCCCAUGCUGCCAGCCCUGCUUGGCACAUCGGCCUGUACCCCUCGAUGGGGCUGCGUUGGCUGCCCUGGCAGCAGCAGAGGGGUUAAGGGGAGCAGCUCCACGGUGAUUUUUUGUACAACACCUACAACUGAAUUAAACCUGAUAUCACACAUGCAAA